AUGAUGAUCUUUCUACGUCGUAGACAGGCUCAAAAGGAAUGGAUUGAGCGCGUCCAGACCCGAGUGACAGCGACGUCCAGCAUGCUACGCGACAUCAAGUCCAUCAAGAUGCUCGGACUUUCUCAGGUCCUAUUGAGCACCACGUCCAAGCUACGAAAAAUUGAGCUCAAAAUCUCUGAGCGGUUCCGGAAGCUGCUCAUCUGGGAAAUUGUUAUAUCUAACGUGCCCACUGAAUUCGCUCCUUUCGCAACCUUCGCUGUCUACACCAUCAUCGCGGUGGUAAAGCACGAUAAGACAUUACUUUCCAGUCAGGCCUUUACGUCUCUUUCGUUGAUCUCCCUCGUUACCAGUCCACUCAUCACCUUUGUCCAGGCUGUGCCUUCUGUGCGUCAAGCCAUGUCGUGUUAUCUUCGCAUUGAAGAAUACUGCGAAAAAGAGCCCGCUGGGCUUGUCACGCAUACAGCAUCAUCCCCUGUGCUCUCACUCACAGAUAAUGAUCGGGACGUGGAGCUGCGAUCAUUUCAACCAAAAUCAGAGUACAGUGCUACGCCUGUCUCUUUCGAGCGAGCUAAUGUUGGGUGGGCAAAGGCUGGCGAAAAUAAGCUUCACGACAUAACCUUGCGUGUCGGAUCGGGAGUUACCAUGCUAAUUGGACCAGUAGGUUCCGGAAAAUCCACCUUGCUCUGUAGUCUCUUGGGUGAAACAGUGAUCAAAUCUGGGGAUGUGCGGGUUGAAGAUCACCAAAUGGCGUAUUGUUCCCAAGCCCCCUUCAUAAUGAAUGAUACAGUGCGCCAGAACAUUACAUUCGGGUCGCCAUUUGAUCCGAAAUGGUAUGAGUUUGCCAUAUGGGCUUGCGGCCUCAAAGAAGACCUGUCAGAUAUGCCGGGUGGUGAUCUGUAUCGUGCAGGGACCAAUGGCCUUUCACUUAGUGGCGGCCAAAAGCAGCGGGUUGCAUUGUGCCGUGCUAUCUACUCGAGAAGAAGGCUGGUCGUCCUGGAUGAUGUCUUCAGUGGACUUGACUCGAGCAACACCAGAAUUAUUUCUACGCGUCUUUUCGGCCCGAAUGGAUACUUUCGCAGACCUGGGAUGACAGUCCUUCUAGCCACUCAUACAGAACAUUUAUUUCAAUAUGCGGACGAUAUUGUCGUUCUUGAGGAAGUGAGCACCGUCGGAACUGCAGACCACGCGGCAUCCGCGACGCAAGAGGGUGAUGAGCUGAGCAAUACCGCUGCGAAGCCUUCAGUUCCAGACUCUCAGAGCCCUCUGCGACGCGAAGGAACUUGGUCUGUGUACAAAUACUAUUUUAGGAGUGCUGGAUUCAUUCCGUUUGCAACCUGUCUGGCUUUCAUUGUUGUGGAAGCAGUCAGUGGAGACUUCACAACUCUAUGGAUCCAGUGGUGGGUGGAGGCCAACGAAAGGAGUCCCAACAAAGACGCGGGUGUGUAUUUGGGAGUGUAUGCUGCGCUCUUCGUGGUACAACUCGUAGGCAAUGUGGGUGGAUUGUGGCUUCUGAUUAUAAAUAUAAUCAACAAUACUGCGUUCAAUCUCCAUACAGACCUUCUCACUGCGACGCUGAGGUUUAGUCAAGAUAUGGAGUUGAUUGACAUGAUGCUUCCUUUGAUAGCAUCUAUGUACUUGACAGGUAAUACCCGUGCCCGUUUUUGCUUCCUUGGUUACCAUCCUAUUCAGCGAUCGAAAACGUGGGGUUUGGGGGUUGACCGGGUUCAAGAUGCUAACGCCAGCCAUUAUAGGAUUCGCAAGCUGCGUGGUCAAAUUGGUCAUCCUCUGCAUCGUCAGCAAGUACCUCGCAGUUGCAGUGCCAGCGCUUCUGAUCAGCCUAGUGAUACUCCAGAGAUAUUACCUUCGCACUUCUCGGCAGAAGCAGUUCAUGGGGUCACCACCCUCCGUGCUUUCGGCAUGAAUCCCUGGUUCCAGGAGAAACUGCACAUGCUCCUCGAUAAAUCACAAAGACCUUUUUAUAUGUUGUACUGCAUACAGCAAUGGCUGACCCUUGUAAUGGGCCUGAUUGUUGCGGCUUUGGCAGUGAUUAUUGUUGCGAUGACAACCUCUUUGGCCGACCAAUAUAACGGUGCGGCGGUCGGUGUUACUCUCAGCUUGAUCCUAACCUUCAACAGCACUAUUUCGAGCACUCUCCGGUCCUGGACUAGUCUUGAGACGACCAUCGGGGCAGUUUCGCGAGUUCAAAGAUUUGUGCGAGACACUCCUCGCGAGGCAAACCAUGACCUCAUGGGGAGCGUACUUCUGGGAGUAUCGGGUCACUCUCAGUUUACAAUCGCAUUCGAGAAUGUAACAGCAGGAUACAGCCAAGCCAGCCCGCCGGUCCUGAAGAAUCUGUCGCUCACUAUUCGCCAUGGUGAAAAGGUAGCCAUCUGCGGAGCAUCAGUCCAAAAAAUAUCGAUCGGCGGCUGCGACAUAUCGGAGCUCGAGAGACAAGCUAUUCACUCUGCUAUCAACGUUAUCCCGCAGGACUCGUUUCUGCUCUCCGGCACUGUUCGCUUCAAUCUGGAUCCGUUCGGAAUGACCACUGAUGAACGCAUCACUUCUGGGCUUCAGAAGGUAGGUCUUUGGAAUCGAAUCAGUACCGACGGGGGGCUAGAUAUGGACAUGUCCAGUAUCUCCACCUGGUCAGUGGGCGAAAGACAAUUGCUUGCGCUCGCCCGGGCGCUUGUGGUCCCGCGACCCAUCCUCAUCCUCGACGAGGCCACUAGUAGCGUCGACCGAGAGACAGAAGCAUUUAUGCAAGAAAUUAUCGAGCAGAAUUUUCGCCAUCAAACCGUGAUUGCUGUCAUUCAUCGCUUCGCUUACAUCGAUCGGUUCGAUCGGGUAGUGUUCCUCAAGGAUGGGGAGAUGCUUGAAUGCGACGUGCCGCAUGCAUUGCUGGGACGGGAAUGCAAUUUCCGGCAGCUAUACCGAGCCUGGGAGAGAGCAUAG